AUAAUCUUUCUCAGUUCUCACUCUCUCUCUCUCUCUCUCUCUCUCAACAAUGGGAGCGAUGGUCGAAAGACCGACGGUUCGGGUCACAAACAUCCCUCAAACCGCCAUAGCCACGGACCUCCAGACUUUCCUAGAGUCAAAGCUCGGCCCGAACUCGGUCUUCGCCGUCGAAAUCUCCACCGAGCGCAAGAACUGGAAGUCACGCGGCUUCGGGCGCGUCCAGUUCACCUCCCUCGCCGCCAAAUUGGUGGCCCAGGCCCUCUCCCUCUCCAACAACUUCGUCUUCCGGUCCCGCAACCUCGGAAUCUUCGACACCCACGACGACAUCGUCGCGCUCCCCGUCGAUCCGAAGCUCCGCCUCGAGGACGGCGUUUUGCAUGCGGGAUUCAUGAUCAGGGACGACCGAAUGGCAGUGCUGCAGUCCUGGGAGGGCGUGCGGGCGUGGGCCAUGCCCGAGAGGAAUCGGGUCGAGUUCUGGGUCUGGUCGGACGAGGAUUGUUACAAGCUCGAGGUUGCUUUCGAGGAUGUUUUGGAGACUGUUGGGUACUGUUUGGAUGAUGGGAAACUUUAUGCUUUUCUCUUGCAGCUAAAGUAUGGACCAAAGAUCUACAAGAGAAUUUCUAGGCCUUCAAAAUUCGUUGCUGAUCGUUAUCACAUUUGCAAGGAAGAUUUUGAGUUUCAUUGGGUGCGUACUACUGAUUUUUUAGAGUCGAAAUCGAUUGGACACUCAACGUCUCUUUGCUGGGACGCAAAGGAAGACUUUCUAUCUUCAGAUACUUUUAGAAGUUUCCCUUAUUAUAGAGAAGGUAUGAAAGAUCUAAUCUUGGAGGACAGUGAUGAGUUCUGUUCGGUAUCUGAAACAGUUCCGCUCAUAAAAUGUCCGGCAGGCAGCAAUUUGUCGUAUGAGAUCCUUUUCCAGCUGAAUUCCCUUGUUCAUAUGCAGAAGAUUAGUUUUGCUUCCGCAGAUGCUGAUCUCAUCGAGUAUUUCGGCAGUUUAAAUAUCGACACUGCAAAUGCAGUUAUUCAGAAGCUGCACAAGCUUAAGUCCACUUGUUACGAUCCUCUCUCGCUUGCUAAGACUUAUGCACACAUCUUAGAGAAAAACACAAAAAAUCCUUCUUCAGCCAUCAAGAGAUUAACAGAGAAUAGUCUGAUGAGUUGUCAUAGAGCCUUAAUUACUCCAUCAAAGAUCUAUUGCAUGGGUCCUGAGCUGGAAACUUCGAACUACGUUGUGAAAAACUUUGCAGCAUAUGCUUCUGAUUUCUUGAGAGUUACUUUUGUCGAAGAAGAUUGGGGUAAGCUUCAUCCACACGUGGUUUCCACAAGUAUUGAGCAAGGUAUAUUCGCGAAACCUUAUAGAACCGGGAUAUAUGAUCGAAUACUGUCUAUUCUUCGAAAUGGGAUUUUGAUUGGAGCUAAAAGGUAUGAGUUUUUGGCGUUCUCUGCUAGUCAGCUCCGAUCAAGUGCAGUUUGGAUGUUCGCUUCUAAUGAUAAUGUGAAGGCAGAAGAUAUUAGAGAGUGGAUGGGCUGCUUCAACAAAAUCCGUAGCGUGUCCAAAUGUGCAGCGAGGAUGGGUCAGUUGUUCAGUUCUUCUAGGCAAACUCUUAUUGUUCCCACACAAGACUUAGAGAUCAUUCCUGAUGUUGAGGUUACAACUGAUGGUAUUGACUACUGUUUCUCUGAUGGUAUUGGGAAAAUCUCCUCAUCUUUUGCCAGGCAAGUUGCACAAAAGUGUGGGUUAAAAGAAACCCCUUCAGCGUUUCAAAUUCGCUACGGUGGAUAUAAAGGGGUGAUUGCUGUCAAUCGUAGUUCCUUCAGGAAGCUAUCUCUUCGUAGCAGCAUGCUUAAAUUUGAAUCAAGUAACCGGAUGCUUAAUGUAACGAAAUGGAGCGGCUCCAUGCCCUGCUAUUUGAAUCGGGAAAUCGUUUCUCUUUUGUCUUCGUUGGGCGUGAAGGAUGAAUCAUUUCUCGCAUUGCUACGCGAACAAUUGCUCCUUCUUGGGAAAAUGCGGACAAAUAGAGAGGCAGCACUUAAUGUCUUGGAGAAUUUGAAUGGAUCUGAUUCUUCUAACAUCCUGGUAAAGAUGUUGCUUCAAGGUUAUGAGCCAAAUGCAGAGCCUUACCUUUCUAUGAUGAUUCAGUCAUAUUACGAGAAUCAGUUGUCUGAUCUAAAAACAAGAUGCCGAAUAUUCGUCCCAAAGGGUAAGGUGCUGAUCGGAUGCUUGGACGAAACUGGGAUAUUAGAGUAUGGCCAGGUUUAUGUCCGAUUAACCAUGAAGAAAGCAGAGCUAGAAGCAGGGAAUCAGAGUUUCUUUAGGAAGGUGGAUGAUGAAACAUCUAUUGUGGUGGGGAAGGUGGUUGUCACAAAAAACCCUUGUCUUCAUCCGGGCGACGUCAGGGUCCUUGAGGCUGUCUACGACGCCAAAUUAGAGGAAGAAGGCUUGGUGGAUUGCCUUGUCUUUCCUCAAAAAGGCGAAAGGCCUCAUCCUAAUGAAUGCUCUGGUGGCGAUCUUGAUGGGGACUUGUUUUUCAUUAGUUGGGACACUAAUCUCAUCCCACCUCGAACGACAGCCCCCAUGGACUACAUUGGACGGAGACCUCGUAUAAUGGAUCAUGAUGUUACCCUAGAGGAAAUUCAGAAAUUUUUUGUUGAUUACAUGAUCAAUGACACCUUAGGCGGCAUCUCUACUGCACAUUUAAUUCACGCAGACCGCGAACCAGAAAAAGCCUUCAGCGAAAAUUGCCUGCAGUUGGCAACAUUGCACUCCAUGGCCGUCGACUUUGCAAAGACUGGUGCACCAGCCGAAAUGCCAAGGGCCUUACGACCAAGAGAUUAUCCGGAUUUCAUGGAGAGGCUAGACAGACCCAUGUACGUCUCCAACGGGGCAUUGGGGAAACUCUACCGUGCAACAGUAGAGUCAGAAUCGCAGGGAAGUUCAAACUUGGUUUGGUCGGAGAAGACUGCUGAAGCAGCCUAUGACCGUGAUUUGGAAGUAAAUGGCUUCGAGGAAUUCAUUGCGCUUGCAGAGAGCCAUAGAGACAUGUACAUUGAUAAGAUGAAUGGCAUAAUGAAUUACUACGAAUUGGAGAGUGAGGACGAGGUAUUGACGGGGAACCUCCGAAAGCGUGCGGCCUAUUUGCAGCGCGACAAUAGAAGGUACUUCGAAGUUAAGGAUCGGAUUCUGCUGGCAGUGAAGAGCCUACAGAGGGAAGCCAAAGGGUGGUUUGAGGGCAGCUGCGAAGCGAUGGAACAGCAGAAGAUGGCCUCAGCAUGGUAUCAUGUGACUUACCACCCGAAUUAUUACCAGAAAAGCAUCAAUUGCUUGAGCUUUCCUUGGAUCAAAGGUGACAUUUUGCUCAACAUAAAGUCUAUAAAUAGCCAAAGAAAUAGCACUUAAAAGACCAAAUCAUGUAUAUAGUCCAAUCACUUGGUAAUUUCUUACGUGGCAGUUUGACCAUUGUUCUGUUAAUUAACUUAACCAUUGGUGAUUUUA